UGCUUUUGUUGCAGAUAUCAAAUCCAACUAACACUAGGGCACAGAAAAUAUAGAAAAACAAGAUGGCGCCACAAGAGCGAACUCCUUGUUGCGAAGAGGAUUCCCAUCAAAACGGAACCAUACAAAAUAACCUAUCAAACAUAGACUUAUCAGGAAGUUUUAUAAACAAAGGUUAUACUCCAGAUGAAUCAGAUAACACAAAGUCGGAAAAUGAGGAGAAAAGAAAGAAAGCUACCGAUUUUGACGAUUUAUUACCUUAUGUAGGCGAAUUUGGAAUUUACCAGAAGAUUUUAUUCUUGAUGAUGAUCCCGUUUGCUUUUUUCGUUUCGUUUGUUUAUUUUUCACAAAUAUUCAUGACAAUCGUACCGGAGCAGCAUUGGUGCUGGGUACCGGAACUGGCGAAUUUGACUGUGGAAGAGAGACGAGGGCUCGCCAUACCACCCAAACCCGAUGGACCAUUCUCCCACGAUCGCUGUCAUAUGUUCUCUGCGGACUGGGCCGCUGCGCUGGCCCAAGGUCGGACCACGCCUGAUGAUGAAUGGCCCAUCAUCCCCUGCACUAGCGGCUGGGAGUACAAUAGGAGUGACGUGCCUUAUGAAACUAUUGCUUCACAGCUCGACUGGGUGUGUGACAAAGACAACCUAGCAGCGACGGCGCAAGCUAUAUUCUUCUGUGGAGCGAUCGUUGGAGGUCUGGUCUUCGGGUGGAUUGCUGAUAAGUACGGCAGGAUACCUGCUUUAGUUGGUACAAAUCUGGUGGGUUUCGCGGCGGGGAUAGCCACGGCAUUUUGUAACACCUUCUGGUCGUUUGCCCUUUGCCGGUUCCUUGUUGGACUCGCGUUUGACAAUUGUUUUACAAUGAUGUAUAUUCUUGUUCUGGAAUACGUCGGCCCAAAAUGGCGAACAUUCGUAGCAAACAUGUCCAUAGCAAUAUUCUUCACACUCGGAGCUAGUUUGUUACCCUGGAUUGCGCUGUGGGCUGACGAUUGGAGGACAUACGCUUUGGGAAUCAGUGCUCCCUUUAUUAUUGCAGCUGCUACACCCUGGUUGGUCCCAGAGAGUGCCAGAUGGCUGCUCUCACAAGGGAAGAUCGACAAGGCUCUUGUAAUCAUGAAGAAAUUCGAAAGAAUCAACAAAUCUAAGAUACCUGACAAAGUCCUGAAUGAAUUUACUGAAGCUACCCAAAAAGCAAUAAAGGAAUCCGAAGCUGACUCCAAGACUUAUUCAGUCUUGGACAUUUUUAGAACUCCUCGUUUGAGAAGGAAUGCCAUUCUACUCAUCAUCAUCUGGAUGGCCAUAUCCCUGGUCUUCGAUGGUCACGUCAGGAACGUCGGUUCCUUGGGUCUGGACAUCUUUUUGACCUUUACGAUAGCAACCGCUACUGAAUUCCCUGCUGAUACCUUUUUGACUCUUGUAUUGGAUAGGUGGGGAAGGAGGUGGUUAGCUUGCGGAUCGAUGGUCAUCAGCGGUAUCUUCAGUCUUCUUGCAACUACUGUUCCAAUUGGUGGACCAUCAGCUACGCUAGCUAUCCUCGGUCGUUUCGCAGUGAACAUAUCAUAUAACAUCGGUCUGCAGUACGCCGCGGAACUGUUGCCUACAGUGGUGAGGGCGCAGGGCGUCGCCCUCAUACACAUCAUGGGAUACGUCGCCUCUAUUGUGGCUCCCUUCGUGGUAUACUUGGCAAAUAUAUCCCAAGAGCUCCCACUCUUAAUCCUGGGCGUGUUGGGAAUAAUUGGGGGAGUGCUAUGCCUGCUGCUUCCGGAGACCAUGGACACGGAGAUGCCACAAACUCUCCUCGAUGGGGAGAACUUUGGCAAGGAUCAGAAGUUUUGGGAUAAUCCUUGCUUCCCUAGAACGGAUAAAGAAGUAAACACAGAAACAUACACCCCAAGUACAUACCAAGAAGACCACUUCAUCAGAUCACUCCCAGCGUCAGGGUCGAGAGCAUCAGUCAGGGCAUCCAUCAGACUAUCAACGAGGUCAAAGAGAGUGCCGAGAAUGCUGGCAGCAUUUUCCAUCAAAUCGUUAUUCAGAUUCUAUGAGGAAGAGCUGCAAAGUUUGGAUCAUCGGCGUAGUGUGCGCAGGAACUCCACGACCUGA